AUGGAAACCCCACGGACAGUGAACCGUGUACACCGACCUCCCUUAGGUACGCCAACGGUGUCCAACAGCAAAAAAUCACUCUUUGGAAAGAAUGCGGAAGCUGAAGCCGAUAUUGGCCCAAUAACACCGCUUCGGUUUGGUAGCCAUCGGAAGAAUCCGAGAAAAUCUAACCAUGCCCUCAGUAACAUCACAUCUUUCCGGAACUUGUUCGGCAAUGAAUCACCGGAUAGUGACCGUUCGUUGUCGCCGGAUUUUGAGAGACGGUAUACAAACAAUGGCCGAUACGAGCUGGUAUCCGCGGACUAUGACAAGGAAAAUAUGGCACAUGCCGUCGAUGAAGAAACGCGGUUCUCGUUCAGUAGCAGCAUCCCGGAAACACCGUGCAGCCGUCUGAGUGCAGAAGAGAGUGCGGUGCUCGAUGAAAAUAACUCCAACUCCCUCUCAAUGCUUAUGAACUCGGAUCUGAAUCUCGUAGAAAAACGUUCCAGAACUCUACAUCGUACACCGGGUGUAACGACACGAAGUGGUUCCACAAGUAAGGUCAGCGAACGAACAGCCGAUCCUUGCCUGCGCAGGUCGCAGCACCUUCAACGCGUAAAACGAGCACACAAUGAAACGCCGGACAACAGUUCGCAAUCUCCGUCGUACGCCGAAAUCGAGCGGAGUAUGACGAAACGGCCCAACACACGAGCACGAACCGCUUUACAGUUUAACGAUAUUUUACCGAUACCUGCAAAAUCGUUCUACUCAUCAGCCAGCACAGAAAAAGACACACCUGUAAAGAUAAAGCAACCGAUAUCGACGAAAUCGUUUUAUGCAUCUUCCUCUUCGAAGCCAGAAACGAAAGCGAUCACUCCCCACAAAUCGCCUGAAAAUGCUCCCUCAGUGCCACCGACGCAUCAAACUCCAACAGCAAAACAUUUGUCCAUUUCAAAAACGCCCCGAAAAGGGACUUCCAUGCGCAAACGCUCCAAAUCAUUCUCGUCCAAUGCACCAAGACUCGGGCAACGGGGUACAGUGCACAAGAUACGGAAACCAGUGAAAAAACCAACCGAAUCACAAACACCGAAAAAAAGAGGCUCAAAAACACAGCAAAACAAUCGUGCCAUUGCCGGUGGUACGAAAAGUUGUCCGACCACACCGAAAAGUGGCAUCAAUGAGCUUGCAUCCGAUCAUGAUGAGAUGUUGCAGCAGUUGAAGCGUGUCAACCGUAUACUUCGCCAAGGGCAGAAAAAUUUAACCACCGCUGGUCCGCUUUCGAUAUCACGUUCGAUGACGGAUUUGAGCAAAGGUUUCUACGACGAAGAUGCUAGCUUAUCUUCGUCAGAAGAUGAAGAUUCAGCGUCCGGGGAGGAAGAUGAAGAUGGUAAUGCGGGCACGAAUAAGCGAAAGUUCUUCCGCUCGAGCCGCAAAUCACGCUCGAUUCGUCGAGUGUACAAACAUUUCGAUACGAUAGCGAUUGGCGUACAGAAAGGUGGCAAACGGAAGUUGCUUAGCUUUCCACAAGUACCCAAGCGUCGACGUAUCGAGUUCGGGAGGGAUGAUUUUGACUUUGAACACGAACAGCUGGAAGUGGAUGAUUUGAUAAGCAAACUUGAUGAGGAUGAUGGCAGCUGUUGGUACGAUGGUGAACUAUACCAUGAAGCGGAUGGACACGACCAUAAUAUGCAGGAACAAAACGAUGAAGAUGAUAUACCGAUACCGAUACAAUCGAAUAUCAUCUACCUAUCGGCAGACGAUCGAUUCGCACUAGAAAACGAUCCAGUAGAGGAAAGUAUGGACCAUCUAGAAUCGAGCCAUACAAAUGAAACGAUCAUUGUGCAGCAUAACGAUGCGGAAGUAUCUGUGGGAUUAGUUGAAGAUGAGGAGUCGAUUUUACCACCCACCAAUUAUGAAACUGUCCCAGACGUUGGUGCGCAAUGUGCUAGUUUUGUCACGAAUAGCAGUAUGAUCAUUAUACAACACAACGAGUAUCAUAGUUCUACGACGAGUUAUCAGAGUGAUAGCACUAUGUCUACGACGAUCAUGAGCAGUUCAACAGUAUCACAACAAUACGAGUACAAAUCCCAGUGCCAAGCGGAUGCAAACGCACCGCAAACAAAUGCCAACCAAGAGGCAAAUGAAUAUUAUCCCAUUUUCUACUCCGACCGCGUAAAAGAACUUUGGCUACAGGAACGCCAGCAAACGGCGAACGCGCCAAAGCAAACAGAUGUGUUUCAUUUACUUCGUCAGCAGGAUAAUUGCGGCCGGAGUGCCAAAUCCGACACGCAAAAGCGACACGGUGUCGGCCAUGAUCAGUACCAGAUCGAUGCGGGUCAGCGAGCGUACGGUGCCAUUCACUGCAAAGAGUGCGGUCUUACGUACUCGACGAACGAACCCGAAGAAGAGCUAUUCCAUGACAACUUUCAUCGUUCGCAAGCGAAACUAACGUACACCGGUGGAGCGAACGAGCACGUUGUAACGCAAGUACUCGAAUGGGAUGUGACCGGGCGUAUUAUUGUCGUGUCGCAAACGGACAGUAACAAACCCUUGCUCAGGAAGAUCCAUACCAUCCUGGAGGUGGUGGACAGUGACCUAGGGUUUGCGACACAGGGCGAACUGCCGGAAGGUGCAUGCGUUUAUCUGGCCGUUGCGCGUUCCACCGUGCUGGGCAUAUGUGUCGUACAGCCGCUCCAGUACGCUAACCGUAUUUUCUGUCUCGAAGGGCUACACGGUGUACCGAUCGAUUGCUACUCGUCCGAGUUUUAUCCUGCCAAAUGCGGCAUCUCACGGCUUUGGGUAGCGCCAAAAUAUCGUCGCAAAGGAAUCGGACGCAAACUGUUAAGUUCCAUCCGGUAUCACUACAUUUUCGGCUACACCAUGGCAUUGGACGAGAUUGCUUUCGGUGCACCGACGGAAAUGGGUAAACUUUUUGCAGAAUCCGUCUGUGGAAGGAAAGAUUUUCUCGUCUACAUUUAAUUCUCACAUUGAAUGUGCCACAUCUUUCCUCAUUUUUUGUUUUGUUUUGUUUUUCUUUAUCGUACAUUAUUGGCAUUGCGUUAGAGUGUUGUUAUACUCUUCUUUGACAUCUUUUGUUUAAUUUUUUGCAACAUUCAAUAAAUAAUUCCCUGGUGGUUUGUUCCCUACUCCGUG